AUGGCUAAGAAGAACAAGAAGGCCGCCUCGGCCAGCGAGGGGCCUGAUCGGCGGGUUGACAAUGCGACAACACCAGCGCCGACAGCGCCCUUGGCUGAUUCGAGUGCCCCCCAAAAGGGCAACAAAUCGCACCCCGUGGCUCAACCCUCAUCGUCACCACUGGUGAUAUGUAGGAACAAACACUGGAAGUACAUCUCCUCCUUUCACGGCCCAUGGCUCCAGCUGCCGCUGGAAGUCCUCGAGACGAUCGCCAAUGCCAACUACUACAUGCCGCUGCCCCGUCCCGUGGACCCCGCUGUCUUCUACGACCUCCUCAAAAUUCGGCAUCUUGUCGACGAUGCCACCGACCUCGCUGUCCGCGCCGCGAACGGGGUCACGUCGGCCUCCAUGUCGAACUCGCUCGCGAGUGGUGGUGCGCCGCACCACAUGCAGGCACUAGGUCUCGGCCUCAUGAACGGUGCAGGGAUGAAGCUGAGCCCCGAAAGGCGCUUCCGAUUGCGGGAGCAGGCUACGCAGAAACUGUCACGCGCAUAUCAUAUCGACGAGAUCGCAUCCAGCGUGGCCACCAUGCAGUCCACCUCGACUCUCGAGAACGUUGCUGGCUUGGUUCUUCAGCGAGCACCCGAUAAUCCUGAUGCCAAUUACGUCCACUUCUUUCAUGAGAAGAUCCCAAGCCGGCAGCUUGCCGAAUGCACAGAACUCAGCGCUCUCGACCCGGUCAUCAGUCAGAGGCACAACGAUUGUGAACCUUUGAGGACAAGAGCUAUCGUGCGCAUGUUCAAGAACGACUUCGAGGGCGCAGCUCAAGAUCUUACCCGAGCCUUGGGGGAAUAUCGACUGCAUCACUCGGCUCUGCACCGACCUUCUCCCGAGAAUAUGCAACUAGAGAAACGGCAAGCCCGGCGCCGGGAAACACCAUCAUUAGAUGAGCGGGAUCAGCCCAAGAGCACCGAGGUCCAACUACUCUUUCAAAGAGCUGGUUGCUAUCUGACUCUCGCUUGUGGUCAUGUGGAAGGAUCCCUCCCUAAACCGACUACCGUCCAAAAUGACCAGAGUGGGAAGAACAACCAAAACAGCAGCCCAACAUUGUCCUUAGUCGAAAUCUCAGCUGCCGAAAAGGAGCCCACCAAAAGAGAACUUGAGAAUCGGAAGGCUGUGAGAAUGUAUGCAAAACGCGCGCUGCGUGAUUACAUGGAGUAUCUCAAGAAUCUGCAUUACUCCCCGAAUCUCCCUAUCGAAAUGUCUGAUGAAUUUACCCGGCAGGUGAAUCAGGCCAGCCAUCGCAGAAGAUAUCAGAGCCAAGGUCGCAAUAGUUCACAGGAUUCGUCUGGCCUAAACGGUGGCAAUUCUACUCAUAGGGUUUACUCGCUUCAUGAACUGUUUUCUGCUACACCGCCAGCUGACCUGCCAGCUUAUCCCAGCACGGACAUUGUUACUGCAUCAGCAGCCGGGUCGGUUGAAACAGUCAUGGAAUUUGUAACAUACCAUCCCCUCCUUACGGAUGUUCUCCACUCACUACUCUUAUGCCAUGCCCUCAUUCAAACCUCGGCCAAGGAGCACCAACGUCAUGCUUAUAUGGUAGCCCGUCUGGCAAGACUAGCAGAUGGAUACCCGAUAUUCCAGGCUAGUCGGUCUCCUGCACGAGCUGACUGGAUAGAGGUUCUACGCCGCGCAGAGAAUUGGGUGGAGUUGACUGCAUCAUGGGAGUCACUGUGUGCCCCUGCACCGCUUUUGACCGCGAUGUCUCCUGGAGGAAACCUUUCCGCUGCUACUGCAAGCGCCAAUGCAUUAGCGAUCACUGGCGGGCCGAGUACCACGGAAACUGAGGAGCAGCGGAAGGACCGCCUUAGACAUCAGGCUAUCAUUGAAGCCCUUGAAGACGAGCGCGUCAACGAUGAAUCAAGCUUUAAGGCUGCAAUCUUGGCACGCCAACGCAGAGCUGAGGCUGAGCACGCCAAUGCUCCACUUGCCAAUAGCAACGGGAAUAGUAACGCCGCCAAUUCCCCUUCGCUUUCGAGCCAGAAGCGCUGGGCAGUGGAUGAUGGGCGCGAGUAUCCGAUCCUAACGGAGAGGGCUGAGGCCGUUGCACGAUGGGUCCGCGAGGCGCCUGCGGGCUCUGGGGUAGGGGGCGGAAGACGGAAAAAGAAGCCGGCCGCUGCCAAGCGGCCUCCCUCCGCACCUACCAGCAAUAACAGUAAUGAGAGCUUCGAGCCCACCGAAGUAGAUUAG